GGGAGCGGACCGGGAGGCCGCGGCCGCCGCCUGGACUCGUUCUCCUCCCGCCGCGGGCGAUCCCUCAGCUGCUGCUCCGCGGCGCUGUCCCUGCGGGUCCGAUCGCCGCCGCGCGGGCUGUGGCGGCGCCGACCGAGGAGAUCGCGCCCCGCGGGCCGCCGCCGGGGCCGGGGUCUCGGGCAGGCUCGGGCAGGCUCGGGCGCGGCCGGCAUGGAGCUCUUCCAAGCCAAGGACCACUACAUCCUGCAGCAGGGCGAGCGCGCGCUGUGGUGCAGCCGGCGCGACGGCGGCUUCCAGCUCCGGCCGGCUACUGACCUGCUUCUUGCCUGGAAUCCUAUUUGCUUGGGGCUGGUAGAAGGUGUUAUUGGCAAGAUUCAACUUCACUCAGAUCUUCCAUGGUGGCUUAUUCUAGUUCGCCAGAAGGCAGUGGUGGGCAAGCUUCCAGGAGAUCAUGAAGUCUGUAAAGUCACCAAAAUUGUUGUGCUGUCACUUUCUGAAAUGGAACCUCAGGAUCUUGAGCUAGAGCUCUGUAAGAAGCAUCAUUUUGGAAUUAACAAACCAGAGAAGAUUGUACCAUCUCCUGAUGAUUCCAAGUUUCUGUUGAAGACCUUUACGCAUAUUAAAUCCAAUGUGUCUGUUCCUAAUAAAAAGAAAGUCAAAGAAAGCAGAGAAAAGGAGAAGCUAGAGAGAAGGUUACUUGAGGAGCUGCUGAAAAUGUUCAUGGACUCGGAAUCCUUUUACUAUAGCCUGACCUAUGACCUCACCAACUCAGUGCAAAGGCAAAGCGCUGCAGAGAAGGACCUCUGGCCGCUCUGGCAGAAGGUGGAUGAUCGCUUUUUUUGGAAUAAAUAUAUGAUACAUGAUCUCAUUGAGAUUGGUACGCCGGAUGUGGACUUUUGGAUUAUCCCCAUUAUCCAAGGCUUUGUGCAGAUCGAGGAGCUUGUGGUUAAUUACAGUGAGUCAUCCGACGAUGAGAAGAGUAGCCCAGAGACUCCCCCUCAGGAUUCCACCUGUGUCGAUGACAUCCACCCACGAUUCCUCGUGGCUCUCAUUUCCCGCAGAAGCCGGCACAGAGCUGGAAUGCGAUAUAAACGGAGAGGAGUAGAUAAGAACGGAAACGUGGCCAAUUACGUGGAGACGGAGCAGCUGAUCCACGUGCACAACCACACCCUGUCGUUCGUCCAGACCCGCGGCUCCGUGCCCGUCUUUUGGAGUCAGGUCGGGUAUCGCUAUAACCCAAGGCCUCGGCUGGACAAAAGUGAAAAGGAAACUGUUGCCUAUUUCUGUGCCCAUUUCGAAGAACAACUGAAAAUUUACAAAAAACAGGUGAUUAUUAACUUGGUAGACCAAGCUGGGAGAGAGAAAGUCAUUGGAGAUGCUUACCUCAAACAAGUGCUACUCUUCAACAAUGCACUGCUCACCUACGUCUCCUUUGACUUCCACGAGCACUGCCGAGGAAUGAAGUUUGAGAAUGUGCAAACACUAACAGAUGCAAUUCACGACAUCAUUCUUGACAUGAAGUGGUGUUGGGUGGACCAAGCUGGGCUGAUAUGUAAACAAGAGGGUGUUUUCCGAGUGAACUGCAUGGACUGCCUCGAUCGAACCAACGUGGUCCAAGCAGCCAUUGCUCGAGUGGUCAUGGAGCAGCAGCUGAAAAAAUUAGGUGUGCUGCCCCCGGAGCAGCCGCUGCCAGUGAAGUGCAACCGGCUCUACCAGAUCAUGUGGGCCAACAACGGGGACGCCAUUAGCAGGCAGUACGCGGGGACAGCUGCUCUGAAGGGUGACUUUACAAGGACAGGAGAAAGGAAGUUAGCAGGCGUCAUGAAAGAUGGAGUUAACUCAGCGAAUCGAUACUACCUAAAUCGGUUUAAAGAUGCUUAUAGACAAGCUGUUAUAGAUUUGAUGCAAGGCAUUCCAGUGACAGAAGAUCUUUAUUCCAUAUUUACCAAGGAGAAAGAACAUGAAGCUUUGCAUAAGGAAAAUCAGAGAAGCCACCAGGAGCUCAUUAACCAGCUCUUACAAAGUUACAUGAAGUUACUGCUGCUCGAUGAUGAGAAAUUCCACGGGGGCUGGGCCCUCAUUGACUGCGACCCCAGCCUCAUGGACGCCACUCACAGGGACGUGGAGGUGCUCCUGCUGCUGUCCAACGCCGCCUACUACAUCGCCUAUUACGAUGAUGAAAUUGACAAAGUAAACCAGUAUCAAAGGCUUAGUCUAGAAGACCUGGAAAAAAUAGAAAUAGGUCCUGAGCCCACUCUCUUCGGAAAGCCGAAGUUCUCCUGCAUGCGACUGCACUACAGGCAUCAAGAAGCCAGCGGCUAUUUCCACACACUGAGAGCUGCCACGCGCAGUCCGGACGAGGACGGCAAAGACACCCUUCAGUGCAUUGCAGAGAUGCUGCAGAUCACCAAGCAAGCUAUGGGGUUGGAUGUGCUGAUAGUUGAAAAAAAACUCGAGAGGAAAAGCAGUAAACCUCAUGAAGAUAUCAUUGGCAUCCGAUCACAAAACCAAGGGUCUCUAGCCCAAGGCAAAAAAUUUUUAAUGAGCAAAUUUUCAUCUCUAAAUCAAAAAGUGAAACAGACCAAAUCCAAUGUAAACAUCAGUAAUCUACGAAAGCUAGGGAACUUCACAAAGCCUGAAGUGAAAGUUAACUUUCUCAAGCCAAACUUAAAAGUGAAUCUUUGGAAAUCAGAUAGCAGUCUUGAAACCAUGGAAAGCACAGGUGUGAUGGAUAAUAAAGUGCAAGCAGAGUCUGAAGGGGAAACGUCUUCCGAUAACGACUCGUACCACUCCGACGACUUCCUCACAAACUCCAAGUCUGACGAAGACAGGCAGCUAGCUAACUCUUUGGAGAGCGUGGUCCCAGUAGACUACGUCCUCCCGAGCUGUGGUAUCAUAGCUUCGGCACCUCGCUUAGGCAGUCGAUCCCAGUCUCUUAGCAGCACUGACGUUAGCGGCCCAGCUCCUUCAGAGAUCAUGGGCGCUCGUGGAAGUGGGCUUGGAAAGAGUUCUGACUCUCCUCUGACAAAAAGUCCUUCGGCCGACAGCAUAAGCGUAUUGACUGGCUUUGCCAAGCCUGUGGACGUCUACUGCCACCGAUUUGUACAGGACGCACAAAACAAAAUGACCCAGCAGCUCUCGGGGGCCAAGUCUGUUUCUCAGCAAGAAAAUGAGAGAAACCAAGUGUCCGACGCAGCUUCUGGCCAAGAAACUCCAUCAGAAUCAGCAGGACAGGUACUUCCGCGGCCAUCGCAGUUAGAUGUGUCGUCUUCAACUGGCCCACAGUUCUUGUCAGUUGAACCAGCCCUCCCGGCUGUAUCUCAAAAGACCCCUGGUUCUGGAUCCAGCAUGACUGACCCCGAGACAGGGCUUCGUGUAACUCCUUCCCCGUCCGAGAGCAGCAGCAGAGCCGUCUCUCCCUUUGCAAAGAUUCGCAGUUCCAUGGCCCAGGUCGCUACUAUGACCCAGGCGGGAUUGACGCAGAGGAUAAACUUUGCGGUGGCAAAGGUGCAGAAGAGCCCUGCAGAGCCUGAGAUGGCGAACGAAAUUCAGCAAAAUGAACUGAAAACUAUGUUUACGCAGUGUCAAACACGCGUCAUUCAGAUUUAGCUGUCAGCCCGAGAACCUCCGGUUCUAAGGAAGUCUCACACAGUAGGCGCUUUUAACUUGUCCUGUCUUUGAGUCUAGGGACAACUAAUUACGUCUGUCGGGCCUUUAAAAGGAGUCUGAACUUGAGUGUCUCGAGGUUUGGGGAGUAAACGGCAGGAGUGCAUAGUCCUAAAAUGUAUAGAUCUGAGUAGCUUACACUACAGAGUAGUUUGUCUCUUGGCAAGUAAUAAUUUUUUUUUUUUUUUUUUGAAUGGGUGAGUAGAGUGUAUGAAGUUGACGCAUUUAAAAAAAUGGGUAUGAAGGCAGUUAAGGAAUAUAUACUUUUUGUAAUUUGGCUUUAUUCUGUCAAGUUCUGUAUUGUCUAAAAGGUACAUUUUAGUUUUUAGUGACUUGGAAGUGUUAAUAGUAUGGAAAAACAUUUCUAAUAUAGAGAAUUUAGUUCAAAUGAUCUGACCAUUCCCUUUGAAAAGCUCGUUGAUACUUCGGUCACUGCAGUCAAAUGUCUGCCUAUUCAAUCUUAAUUUUCCCAAAAUACUGUCACCUCUUAUACCCAGGACUACAAGUGCUGAAUACUUGCCAACCAUUCAGAAAACCUGGGGCAUCAGAUGUGGACGUCGGCCCAUAUUUAAUCCUGUUUUCAGGAGUGUAAGUACAUUUGUUGGAUAUAGGUAAUUAAUUCCCAGUGGAAUCUUGAGGUGGCAGUUCUCUCCGGGGGACAUUCCUUAACACCUGUAAAUUAUCACAACUAACUGGUAAAAAAAAAAAAUAUGAAGCAUGGUUGUCCUAAAAAGUGGCUUUUCUGACUAUCACCCUAACCGUAUGUAGCCAGGGCUUCUGUAAGUCCACAAAACAAGGGAGUUGCACACCUUACUCCAAACAAGUAUUGGUUGAUGUUAUCCUUAAGUGUUACAGUUGAAGUGAUUCUCAGCUAACAUUGUCUAUUGUAACUUGUGUUUCCACUUUUGUCCUAACAUUGACAAGUAUUUCCACUUUUGUUAUUUAUUAGUGGUGUCCUUUUUUUUUUUUUUUGAAGUGUAAAAUGUUGUGACUAUUUAAAAUAAAAUACCAUUGGAAUUUAA